AAUUAUGUAUAUUAUAAAUAAAAUACAUCAGUAUGACUAGCGUCUUUUGAAAAUCGAAUGGUUUUCCUAUUUUAAAAAGUGUUCUUUGACAUAGAUCAUCUGUUUUUUAGUGUUGAUAAAGUUUUACGAUGCGGUAUAUAUGUUAGUGAUUCGUUUCAUUUUACUAUAAUUCCGUAAGUUAAUAACGUCCUUAUUAAGACCGAAUUUUUUAAAAGUCAUAGGGAACAAUGGAUAAUGUUUCUGUUGAAGAACGUUCACAGUCGAACAAUUAUGCCUUGGCAAACUAUAAAUUUUCGUCUGAAGAACUACGAGUGUUGCGAGAAUGCAGCACCGAAUCUUUUUUGCAAAGGUCAUUACCAUUUGGAACUGGUUUUGGAUUACUCGCGUAUUUUGGCGUCAAACGGGGAUAUUUCCAGCCUAAUUCAAAAUUUGGCGCGGUACCAAAAAUUAUACUGGGCGCAACAGUAGGGUAUUUUUUGGGUAAAUUCAGCUAUCAACAAAAAUGUGCGGAAAAACUUAUGCAACUUCCAAAUUCGAAAUUGGCCGAAAUGAUCAGGCUGCGACGAAACGGUAAAUUAAAGGAUGGUUUAUUAUCUGGAUUUUCAUCAAUCACAACUCCUAAUGCAAACGACAUGUAUACAGAUAUGGAUCCAAAUGAGUAUAACGUCCUAGAUUUUGAUUCUGACUCCAGAUCAUCUAUAAUGGAGCUUGAUGAUUUGUAUCGUCCGUCAUUAGAUAGUUCAUCUAGUUCUUACGAAACAGAAAUUCCUUUACCAGCUGCUAAAGCUUUUACAACUUACGAAGAACUUAGAAAAAAAAAUCGCGAGGAUUAUAUCAACAAACAAAACAAUUCAAUUUCUCAAUCAAUUAAUCAGUCUAUCAACACUAGAAAUGAAGAAGCCUCUUUGGAAUCGAGUCAUAAAACAAGGGAUCUUAACCUUCCUAAAAAUCAAAAAAAUAAAUAUGGUGAUACUUGGACCGAUUAAGCAUCGUUUAUUAAAUUAGAAAAAAAAAUUAUUGUUAAAUAUACAAAUUUAUAAAUUCAAAUUGUGAUGCUUCAUUAUAAAAUCCGAA